AUGGAUAACGCUACAGGUACUCCGCUGUUCAUUGCUAGCGAAGCUGUUUGCUACUACCCCAUAUCCACGAUCUACAACUCAUGUCCCCGAUAUCUAUUCUAUGCGCUACUCAUUGCAAGCUGCGUGACGAGAUGGACCGGCUGGCUUGCGGAUGUCUUUCUUGGCGCCGCUGCGACUUACGCUGGAACUGCCGCGAUUCAGACAUUCAUCAUGGUUUCCAGCUCCCAAAAGCCCCAGGACCCGGGACCUGUCACUAUCCCAUGGAUUCCAGCCAAUACAAGUCUUCUCAAAGAUUUUCCUUCAAUUGUCAGGGAGACGGAUAGUAUUCAAGUUUCCCCAGCUUCUCUUGAGCUGGACGCAGAUGCCGUCAUGGCCAUAGUCGUCACUGGCUACCUGGUUUUUCUACCACUGCAAUGUUGGUCCCGCGUCUUGACACACGACAGAGCGAGAAACCUGCUGUUCUAUGUCUGGAAUGCCCUCAUGUUGGCAGGUUCGAUUUGUGCCCUCGUCUACGCGGCACGGAUCCCCAAGCUGCCUAUCCAGUACAUGUUCUGUUAUCCCGAUUACCCCCCUUUCAGCGAUACUUCCAACGACGGUUGGCAAGCCUCGUGGAGAACCUCAAAUUGGAAUACCAGCGUGUGGGGUACCUUCUCUGAUCUAUCUCAAUGGAACCAAUUGGGAGACAUCUGCUUCAACCCUUGCUUCAACACCACUCAGAUUCUCCGACAAGCUACUUCUUUACACGCUGUUACCGCGACAGACACCACCACGGUGUCAACAUCUCGCGGCUUCUGGAACGCCGUUUUAUACUCGAAGAGGUACAUCUACAGUCUGAUCAUUUUGUGUCUUAUCCUCAAUUGUCUUCUGUUGACAUAUCGAUUCCUUCCAUAUCGAUCGCGAAUCCCGUCCGCUCAGGUUGUGGUGCUUUGGAAGGAUAGAGGAAACAUAUGGAAGAGCUUUAAGAGCGAGAUAAAGUCUGCAUUGAACCCACCUCUCAGCAGCCCAUAUUCCCCCGAGGAAGCCGGGACCGCGAACACCAAAAAGAAAUCAUUCUUGACUGAACUACGCCCUAUUUUUACCCGUCGGUUUCUCAAAGCGUUCUUACAUAUCCUUGUGGAUGCUGCCAUUCUUUUCGGUAUCAUAUUCAGUAUGAUAGUGAGCCCAUUUACUAUCGUGGCAUUUGUUGCUUGGAUCGAAUUCCAGAUUUACAAUGACGGGCCUUCGCAGGAGAGCCCACGGCAGGUCGGGCAAUGGGCCUACCUUGUCUCUAUUGCUUUGCUAGUGAUAUCGGCCGGUAUUCUCACACUAAAGUACAAAAUUGCAUCUUCGACCGAACUGCAAAAUGAAAUCGAAGAAACGCAGAAACACUUGGAAUACCUGGAGAAAAGGAAGGAGGCUUGUUCCGAGCUUCAGGGAUUUUACCUUAGAAAUCUCAGAGAUCAGUUCAAGGGAAGUUAG